AUGGCCACGGGAGCAGUCCAGUUUCCCCCAUCCAACAUCGUCUUACCGGGCUCACGACUCCUUCCCACCGCACCCUUUCCUGACACCCACAGCACUCCAUCCUCGUUUCCCCCACCCAGCGCUUCUCCAAGAUCAAUCACAGAUGAUUGGGUUUCUCUCUUCAACAAUCUCCUCAGUGGAGAGCACGCUUCCAUAACAAAGCUUUUCUUCAAAGAAUCUUGCUGGCGAGAUUUGCUCUGUAUGACUUGGGACUUUCACACACUUCAAGGACCCGAGCAGAUCCUUAGAUUCAUUCAAAGCUCUCCCCAAGGUGGCCAAUUGACCAGCGUCAGCUUGGACGAUUCUUCAGCACAUAAAUUCCCACAAGCCUCAGGUUUUGGGAGCUUGAAGGCAGUCCAGACAUUUCUCAAGAUUGAGACUAGCACUGGAAGGGGAGACGGUCUGGUCAGACUAGUAUCGGACACCAAUGAUGGUGGCAGAUGGAAAGCUUUGACUCUAUUUACCACCCUGAAAGAACUUAAAGGAUACGAGGAAAAUAUUCGCAGUCGAAGACCACGAGGAACAGAAAGCAGCCUUGAGGAUAGAGGUCGAAAUUGGAAAGAUCGGCUUGUUACUCAACAAAAUUUCGAGGGUGGCCGCCAGCCUAUCGUGUUGAUUCUGGGUGCUGGCCAAGGUGGACUCACUGUGGCUGCUAGGCUCAAGCAACUUGGCCUAGAGACCUUGAUAAUCGACCGGAACCCUCGCAUAGGAGAUAAUUGGCGAAACAGAUACCAUCAACUGGUCUUGCAUGACUCGGUCUGGUACGAUCACAUGCCUUACUUGAACUUCCCGCCGAAUUGGCCUGUCUUUACCCCAAAGGACAAACUCGCAGAUUGGUUCGAAUACUAUGCAGGUGUCUUGGAACUUAAUGUGUGGACUAAUACUACCUUGGAAACGUCAGAAUGGUCUGAAAGUACGCGGCAGUGGACGGUGACUCUUGCGCGCGAAAAGGAUGGCAAGAAAGAGAAUCGUAAUUCAUUCUUCCUAAACCGAAUCCAACUCAAUAACAAGAGCAUAGGGACUCUACAUCCUCGGCAUGUCAUCCUGGCGACAGGUCACUCUGGGGAGCCUUACUUCCCCUCUCGCAUCGCUGGAAUUGACGAUUUCAGAGGGGACCUUCUCAUCCACUCAUCGCAGUUCACCACGCCUAGAGGGAAAAGCAAGGGAAAGAAGGCAGUGGUAGUUGGCUGUUGUAACUCCGGCCACGACAUCGCUAGAGAUUAUUAUGAUCACGGCUACGAUGUCACAAUGGUGCAACGCAGUAGUACCCUCGUUCUCACAAGCGAUACUCUAAGUGAAGUGACCAUGAAAGGCCUUUACGCCGAAGAUGGGCCCCCUGUUGAAGACGCGGACAUAGUCAACAUGUCUAUUCCCAACCCCAUUGCUAAACGCCUUCAUAUACAAGCCACCAGUGAAAUGAUGCGGCGUGACAGCACUCUUCUCCACGGGCUCACGGCUGCCGGAUUUGCCGUCGACAGUGGUCCUGACGGCGCCGGCCUUUACAUGAAAUACCUCAGCCGAGGCGGCGGUUACUACAUUGAUGUAGGCGCCUCGCAACUCAUCGUAGAUAAAAAGAUCAAGAUCAAGCAAGGGCACGACGUCAAGUCUAUAAAAGCCCGUAGUCUUGUUCUGGCAGAUGGUUCGGAGCUGGAAGCAGAUGAGAUCGUUUUUGCGACAGGGUAUCAAAAUAUGAGAGAGACGGCGAGGAAGGUCUUUGGGGACGAGUUGGCGGAAAGUGUCCACGAUGUUUGGGGGUUCGAUGACGAGGGAGAGACAAGGGGCAUGUGGCGACGAAGUGGACAUCCAGGGUUUUGGUUCUUCGGAGGAAAUCUUGCCCUUUGUCGCUUUUACUCGAGAUUAUUGGCCUUACAGAUCAAGGCUAUCGAGGUCUUGAGUUCGUCGGGUAUGACUGAUCUGCACGAACCUUUUCAUCUCGUCUCCUUGACGUACAUAUACAAAGUCCCGCACGUUUACCCUCCAAACGCCGACUGGAACAGUACGGGUUGGAAUCAAUGGGAAUUCAACGAAGAACUGCAAUAUAUUUCCCACGGCUACAUGGCCGCCGCGUAUUUAGGCCUCGCAGCUGGAAGCCACGCCCGAGACAAUGCGCACAAUUUUGCCGUCUUCGCCUUUUGCAUAUACCACAUUGAAUUACAAUGUCUGGGCACUUUUCAGUCAGAUGUCAAGAGGCGGCGUGAUUUGCCGUUCGAAUCGGCGUUGUCACCAAAGGCGGUAGAGAGAAUCAGGCAGGGGAAAUCUGAUCCGAGGAGGGAUUUAACGAAGAAUACAGAUCGAGGGAUAAGGUCUCUGAGCCAGGUCUUCUGGCUGAGGACAACUUGGAAGGUGGAGGAGAGCGUGUUACGCGCUUUAGAGAUGUUGAUGCUCCUGGAGCUCUGUUCUGGUAGAUAG